AUGGAUCCACGCAUCAAGGUGCCGUUCGUGCUGGUUCUGGUAGAGACAACGUUGGUCGUCCUCUUCGGUGUCUGCGUUCGAUUCGAUACGUCGCUGCAGCCGAAAUCUUUACGUCUAUCAGAAGACAGGGAGAGCCGCGUGUUCAACGAGUACUACCCUAUGUUCGAGGACGUGCACGUGAUGGUGUACGUGGGCUUCGGCUACCUGAUGACGUUCCUGAAGCGCUACGGCUACGGCGCCGUGGGCUACACUCUGUUGCUCAGCGCCAUCGUGCUGCAGUGGGCGGUGCUCAUGCGGGGCAUAUGGCACGUGCGCCAAGCCAAGGUACUCCUCGACGUGGAAAGCCUACUCGGCGCAGAGUUCUCGGUGGUCACGUUCCUCAUAUCGUUUGGCGUGGUCUUGGGCAAGACGAGCGUCGUUCAGAGCACCGUAAUGGCCCUCGUGGAGACAGCCAUUGGGGCCAGCAAUGAAUACCUCGGCGUCGAAGUGUUUCAGGCCGUAGACCCGGGUGGCUCGAUCUUUCUGCACACGUUCGGUGCCUACUUCGGCCUUGCGGUGGCGGCCGUCAUUCACCAGAAGGACUUCGUCGACCACCGAAACGAGGGCUCUGUUUACACUUCGGACAUCUUCGCCAUGAUUGGUACUCUAUUCCUGUGGCUCUUCUGGCCAAGUUUCAACGGCGCUUCGGUGCACGGUGCCGAGAGGCAUCGAGCAGUCGUCAACACGUACCUGGCAUUGACGGCCUCCUGCGUAGCCGCUUUCGCCGUCUCGUCCAGCGUCGAUGACCACGGAAAGUUUGGCAUGGUUCACGUACAGAAUUCAACGCUAGCAGGUGGCGUUGCCAUAGGAACCACGGCCAACAUUAUGGCAGAUCCACACAGCGCUAUCAUCGUGGGCAGCGUGGCUGGUGUCAUUUCUGCUUUGGGCUACAAAUAUAUCACGCCCUUCCUCGCCCGGCGAUGGAAGAUCCAUGACACGUGCGGAGUGAACAACCUGCACGGCAUGCCGGGGCUCCUUGCUGGACUGAUAAGCAUCAUCGUGGCUGCGGUGGUUUCAACGGACACCCACGGUGAAAGCCUCUACUUGAUCUACCCAGCGAGAGUGCCCCAAGCCAACUCGACCGAGUUCCUCGCCCUCAACACCAGCGUGGCCUUCCAGCCCGGCGCAGGAAGGUCAAACGGAGAUCAAGCCGUCUUUCAGCUCUGGGCGUUGUUAUCCACCGUCACCAUCGCCAUUAGCGGUGGAAUUGCAACAGGCUUUCUGCUCCGGCUGAGCUGUUUCGACCCCGUGGAAGUGCACGGCUUCUUCGACGACACGCUGGCGUGGGACGUCGCGGGACCGGAGCUGCCCAUCUUCGUCGAAGUGAAGCCCAGGCGUCAGUCUCCGCAGAGGCGACCCUUGAGGUUCAAGACCAGAGUGCGGGCCAUCAUGCAGAAUUCCAGGACGCAACACUGACACGAACGCCUCACUGGACGUA